AGGAAAAACAAAAGAUGGGUGUUGAGGCUUAUAAUUACUCCAGUGUAAUCAUGUUCUAUCUUUUCCUCAUAACCUCCUUCAUUGUGCCUCAUGCAAAGGGAGAAAAUUACAUUGUUGGUGACAGUUAUGGUUGGAUUGACUUCGUAGAUUUCAACAACUGGUGUGAUGGAAAAGAGUUUCAUGUUGGUGAUGUUCUAGUGUUCAAUUAUGACAGCAGCCAACAUAAUGUAUUGCAAGUUGAUUCCACAGUUUAUGAGAGUUGCAUAAAGGACUCAUAUAUGAAAAAGUUGACCAGUGGCAACGACUCAAUAGUUUUAGAGAAAGGUGGAGCAUGGUUCAUGUGUGGAGUUGAUGAUCACUGUGAAAAUGGGCAGAAGCUCCACAUCAAUGUAACUCCUUAACUGAUAAUCAUGUUUGAUAUUGGUGUUUUAGUCAC